AUGUUAGGACACGAUUGGCAAGCAGCAGGACCAACUGAUAAAAGGUCAGCAUGUCCUGGACUAAACGCAUUAGCUAAUCAUGGAUAUUUGCCUCGAGAUGGUGAAAAUAUUACGGCACAACAAUUAAUUAAAGCUGUUCAAGAUGCCUAUAAUGUAUCAGCAGCUGUUUCAACUGCUUUAACAUAUAAUGCUUUGGUUUCGUGUGGAUUACUAUUUAAAAAGACAUUCGAUCUGAAAGAGAUAUCAAAACAUAAUGGUGUAGAACAUGAUGCGUCACUAACCCGAAAAGACCAUUUUUUUGCAAAGUAUCGUCAAAUUCGAUUAAAUCAUUCGAAAGAAUUUAAUCCAGAAGUUGUAUAUGGAAUUAGGCAAAAAAUUCUUUCUGCUGGUGAAAUAGCAUUAUUAUUGCUUGUUCUUGGAGGAAAUACUGAUAAUGAAAUUGAUAUUGGUUUAUUAGAAACAUUUUUAAAAGAUGAAAGAGUUCCGGAUGGAUGGAGAAAACCUGAUAAAGUUGUUGGAGUUGUGGAACUUUUCAAUAGUAAUUCUGAAAUCAUGAAAAAGUAUGAUGAGUUAGAAAAAAUGCAUGCUCAGAAGGGUAAAUAG